AUGUCUGAUGACUAUUUGCAUGGAGUCAGUCCUGCUGAGCAUUCACGGUCCCAUCAUCAUUCGAACUAUAACGGAAACCAUGAUUUGAAUAUGGACGAUGGUAAUGACUCCAGAAAUGAAAGUCAAAACGGUGAUACCGGUAAUAAUGGUCCCGGGACAGUUGGUCCCAGUUCAGCUAUUUUGGAUCAAGUCGAUGAGUAUUUGCACUCGCAUCGCCAUGAGAGGGACGACGUUAAACACGAAGAUCAAGCUGACGAAGGGUUUGUGAAUUCUAGGAGGAGUACGCCCUGGGUUAUGGAUUCGCAUCAUUAUGUGACUGAAGAUAUCGAUAUGGAUUUGGACCAUUUAUCACAUGCGCUCUUGAACGGAGAUCGUACUGGUGGUGCUAGUAAUAGUGGUAACCAGGUUCCGACUGGUACAAACCUGGGCGCAGGGGAUGAAGCUCCUCAUCACCACGAUUCUGCAUCUUUUUUGGAUCAGGAUUCGCUGAGCCCGAUUGGGCUUUCGGGACCUUCUCCAUCGCAUUUUCAGCUGGAUUUCUCUUUGAUUGAGGAUGAACACCACGAGCAUCAACAAAACAGUCACCAUCACAGCCAACAACAACAACACCAUGGCCAUCAGAGCAGCCACCAUGCGCAUUCUUCAGUAGGGCCCGAGGAUUCCAAUGGUAGUGAACACGUAAGACCAGAUAUGGUUUUCUCGCCUAUGGUUUCACCCAUGGUGAUGCCUACCAACAGUUUGCACAACACGCCUUUCAUGGGACCUUCAGGGGUGCCUUACGGUAACGUGCAAAACACGCCGUUUAUGCCCGAAAAUUCUUCUUCUUCGAUGCCCUCGUCGACCACACAAGAACAUGGCCCACAUACUUCGAAGUUCUCACCCUUGACUUCGCCUGCAUUGAAUGCAAUCGAACAACAGCAUCUACAACAACGUCACCAGCAGCAACAACAACAGGGUUUCUCUCUACCAGAUGCCAGUAUAUCAUCAUCAAGGAAAAGUUCUACAACGAAUACGCGCUCGAAACGGACCCCUCAUACAACGCCACUGAUGGGACCGACACAGUCCAACCAAACGACAAAUACAAAUAAGAUCAUAAAGCAUUCUCCACAUAUCUCAUCACGAAGAUCUUUAACGAAAUUCAAGAGUGGAAGUCGAGACGAUAUGGUGUUCAAAUUACCGGACUCCUCCCUAAAGAAUGAAAACGCAGGUUCACAUAACAGUAACAACCAUACUCCAAACUCUGCACAUUCAUCAUCUAAUGGAUCAAACUCGGAUAGAAUGACUCCGUCAUCGUUGAUGAAUUAUCCAAAGAUUAUUCUUCCGUCUAAUUCAAAUACAAUGACUCCUUCUAACGAUGAAUCCGUGCUACGAGCCACUGAAUCUCCCGUCAUCAAACCGAAAAAAUACUCUGAGGGUUAUUACAGCACUGCCGCUACUCAUCGUCAAUCUUCUGUAGAAGAAGCGGGCGGCACUGGCGCAGGAGGUGAAAACAAUCAAAAGCAAUCGCCUACGGUACAGAAACAAGGUUUCAACAAUACAAACUCAUCGAGUAACGGUUCUAAUACGAAACUAAAGAAAAAUAAUGGUUCUACAACAACUUCACCCACGAUUAAUGCUAAUUCUAAUUCUACAACAUCUACAUCAGGUACCACUGCAACAACUGCACCAGCUCUUACUGCACCAUCAGCUUCAAGUUCAAAUUCCUCUGUGAAGAGUAACGGCAGAACAAGAUCCGUGCCUGGAAGACGAACCUCAUUAAGAGGAUCAAAUCGAUCUUCUCAGAAACCUAAAUCCUCUAGUGAGGAUGACGAAAAUGACGCUGACGCUGACCGUGAAAACGAACGUGACGAAGAAGACGAUGAUGAUGACGACGUGGUAAAGAAGCAAAAGCAAGUGCAUAAAGUAGCAGAACAAGGAAGAAGAAACAGAUUGAACAAUGCAUUGAAGGAUCUUGAGUCCUUGAUUCCAAAGGAACUCAAAGACGUGGCGGCAAUCCCAUCCAAAGCUACCACAGUCGAGCUGGCUGCCCAGUAUAUCCGUCAAUUGUUGAAGGCAAACUCCAACCAGUGA